AUGUUCCUGUCCCAACACCAAUACGCGCUUGAAAUCUUGGAUCGGGCCAAUAUGCUCAAUUGCCACUCUGUAUCCACUCCCGUCGAUGCUCGGUCUAAACUGUCAAUCACUGACGGUUCUCCGUUCCCUGACCCAUCACUGUAUCGAAGCUUGGCCGACGCCCUGCAAUACCUCACGCUCACCCGUCCCGACAUCACCUAUGCUGUGAACCAAGUGUGCCUGUUCAUGCACAAACCCACCACCGCCCACUUUGGUCUUAUCAAAAGAAUCCUUCGAUAUCUCAAGGGCACACCACACUUUGGUCUUCAGUUGUUUCGCUCUUCAGCGCAUGAUCUCGUUGCAUACAGUGAUGCAGAUUGGGCGGGGUGCCCCGACACACGCCGAUCAACCUCGGGUUUCUGCGUGUUCCUCGGCGACAACUUGAUCUCCUGGUCCUCAAAACGACAAGCAACUGUCUCUCGGUCGAGCGCGGAAGCCGAAUAUCGAGCUGUUACAAAUUGUGUCGCCGAGUGCUGCUGGCUGCGGCAAUUACUGGAAGAGCUUCGUCGCCCUCCGCGCAAAUCCACUGUCGUGUAUUGCGACAAUGUCAGUGCAGUAUAUCUCUCCUCCAAUCCAGUACAACACCAGCGCACCAAGCACGUGGAGAUUGAUCUUCACUUUGUUCGGGACAAAGUCACCUUGGGAGAAGUCCGCGUUCUUCAUGUGCCCACUACGUCGCAGUUUGCCGAUGUGUUUACCAAAGGACUACCGUCGCCAGUCUUCAAUGACUUUAGGUUCAGCCUGAACAUUGUUCCCUCCCAUGUUCAGUCUGAGGGGGGCUGUUGA